AUGGACUCGUAUACUACCCCCGAAGAACCUAUCCUUACCCAAAAUGAGCAGCAGAUGCUCUCAAAACGCAUGGAGCAGAAGCAGAUGAAGGAGGUCAUGAACGCGUACUCAAACGUGGUCCAGCGUUGCUUCGAGGACUGCAUCUUCGAUUUCACAACUAAAUCGUUGACCCCAAGAGAGGUCGGCUGUACCAAUCGCUGCUUCGACAAGUUCGUCAAGGCAUCUGAGCGAGUGACUCUUCGUUUCCAAGAGCAGAAUGCUGCUAUGGCCCAGUCCGGCACGAUUCCCGGAAGGGGCUAA